AUGUCGGAAGAAACAAUUAUGUCUAUGAAUGAUCAGACAAUUAAAAUUGAACCACCAGAAUAUUCACCAGAAGACAUUAAACUUGAAAUGGAGGAUGAAUUUGAUGAUCCUGAUGUUAUUGUUAAAUCUGAUUCGUGUUCUGAAGAUGAUGAUACGUGUUUAGAAAGAUUCAUGAAUUCCGAGGUGAAAAUUGAAGAAGUCAAACAGGAGUUAUUCGAGACAUCAACUUAUGAAUGUGAUAUUUGCAAUAGAUCAUUUGCAGAAACACAUCAUUUAAAAGAGCAUAUGAUCGAACAUAUGCCUAAUAAUAGCAAAGAAAGAUCUUUCAAAUGCGAAAUCUGUUACAAGGCUUUUGAUCGAUUAAGUCAUCUGAAAAGGCACAUGCUCAUUCACAGUGGUAGUCUAAAAAGACACAUGCUGAUACAUAGUGGAGUACGUCCCCAUGAAUGCAAUAUAUGCAAUAAGAAAUUUACACAAUCGAAUGAUUUGAAGAGACAUAUGGCACUUCAUAGUCAGAAGCGUGGUGAAGAUCAAUGA